AUGGAACGACUCGCCGAGGCAGAGCAGGCCUUGACCUUGGCAAGGUCGUGUGAUAUCGAUCUGCCAGUCACACUCAGGAUCUCGCGAAUUGAAGGCAACUACCAUAGCUCGCAGGCGAAUUGUUACUCGGACGUCCGCCCCAAUCAGCCUCAGUUGCCCGACCUUUACGUGGCCGUACAGCUAUGGGCUGAGAACCGACCAUUGACUUUGCCUUUUUACACUCCUCACAAGAACUUCUCAGCCUCUUUCACAUGGGCGACCCCGAUCACUCUACCGAUAAAGUACCGAGAUCUGCCACACUCCGCUCAAUUAGCAUUCACGAUACUGGAUGUCAACCUUCCAGAUUGCCUUAAUCGCACUUCUCAUACUUCGUCAAUCGACGAUUCACCCACGUCAAUCGCCCAAACCACCACGGACGAUUUCUUACUAUCAAGUUCCACCGUCGUGGGAGGCACAACACUCGCGCUAUUUGGGAAAAAGCGGACGUUAAGGAAAGGAAAGCAACGGUGUUUCGUCCAUCGUGACCGAAUAGCAGAUGGAAAUGUUUCUUCGACGACACCUAGCAAGUUUGUAAUACCUUCCGAGAGUGAUCCUAAUUCAUUGGAGGUUCCUGAGGAAAGUGACCAGCUGGGCAGACUCGAAAAACUCGUCAAGAAACAAGAACGCGGUGAUCUCCCUCGACUUGAAUGGCUUGAUCAACUGGCAUUCCGGCAGAUCGAAAAAAUACAUGCUCAAGAAACGGCAAAAAGUCGGGACAUGUACUUGUAUGUCGACUUGCCCAGAUUUGAUUUUCCAAUCCUAUUCAAUGAAAUCGAGCUUCCGGCCCCAAGUCUCCCCUCAACACUGUCGACCGUAGCGCAGCCCGCCGUCGGCAACACUUCUGCGCUUUACUCUCCUCAUCACCUGGCAGAUAUCUUCACGGUGGUCGAUCCGGACAUGGUACAUGACAAUCCAAUCGAAAGUAAGCACACCAGACUCCACAGAAGUCACCGAAAUGGUCCAUUAGAUCGUGAAUUGAGGCCCGAAAAAAGCGUGCGGGAUGUUCUGAACAAUAUCUUGAGUUACCCGCCUACCAGGGCACUGACACGUGAUGAGAGGGACCUUGUAUGGCGUUUCCGGUUUUACUUGUCUCAUGACAAGCGAGCUCUGACGAAAUUCCUCAAGUCGGUUGUGUGGUCGGAUAAGGGGGAGGUUAGUCAAGCGAUUGGUAACCUCUUACCGAUCUGGUCCGUAAUCAGUCUGGACGAUGCGCUAGAGCUGCUAGGGCCAUCAGAAGAUUACCGGGAGCCACGAGUGAAGCAGUUCGCGGUACAACAACUCGCCCGGGCCGAGGAUGAUGAGCUGGUGCUCUAUCUCUUACAACUAGUCCAAGCGUUGAAGUUCGACCGGUCACCUUCAGUCAGCACAGCUCAUAACAAAACCAGCCCAUCGAGUACAGUCACCUCUCCGAUAGCCCAAUCCCAGCGUUUUUCUGCUGGUCCGUCUCAGCGCGUCAGUGUUGGUAGUAGCAGCACCGUGUUGGGAAGGGAGAAUAGGUCCUCCUUUACACCGAGCGUGUUCGAAACCCCUCCUAGACGGGACUCACAAAUCAAGCCGCUGAGUCUCGAAGACUUCUUGAUCGACAGAAGCUGUGCAAACCCAACUGUUUUGGGCUAUCAGUUCUACUGGUACCUUACCGUAGAAGCCAGCGCCGACGGAGACAAAUCCACGCAAGUCAUGUACGGGAGAGUCUUGCAGAAAUUCUAUGACAAAAUGCGCGAGACGGAUAUGGGUCGAUUGAUGGCCGAGACUAUCCAACGACAACGAUCGUUUGUAAUGUUUCUUUCCAAGUUGGCCAAUGAGAUCCGGACAUCGAAAGACGGGAGGCCGAAGAAGAUUGAAAAACUAAAACACGUGUUGAAGGAUCCGGCGAAGCUAGCGCAACUGUUUUCAGCCGAGAGCACGAGUCAGAUAACAGGCUUGCCCUUGCCAUUAGAUUCAAGCAAAAUGAUCGUGGGGGUAGACACGGAGUCUUCGACGGUGUUCAAGUCAAAUCUGUUCCCAUUGAGGUUGGCGCUCCGAUGUUCAGACGGGACGGAGUAUCCGGUGAUCUUUAAAGACGGCGAUGAUCUCAGACAAGACCAACUAGUCAUCCAGCUCAUCAGCUUGAUGGACCGUCUCCUCAGGAAAGAGAACCUUGAUCUUCGCCUGACCCCCUAUAAAGUCUUAGCCACCGGUCAGACCGUUGGCCUUGUCCAGUUCAUCACCUCUAAAACCCUCGGCGAGGUCGCCACCGUCUAUCCUGGUGGCAUCUUGGAAUACCUCAGGACUGCAAAUCCCGAUCCAAGUGGUAGUCUUGGUCAUUAUGGGGUUUUACCCAGUGUUUUAGAAAACUUUGUUAGGAGUUGUGCGGGAUACUGUGUGGUAACGUAUAUUUUAGGAGUGGGGGACCGACAUCUAGACAAUCUGAUGAUUUCGCCUAGCGGGAAUUUUUUCCAUGUGGAUUUUGGGUACAUCCUCGGCCGGGACCCGAAGCCAUUUCCGCCGUCGAUCAAAGUGUGCAAGGAGAUGGUAGACGGAAUGGGCGGCGACAAGUCUUCACACUAUGGACGCUUCAAACGGCUCUGCUACACCGCCUUUAUCUGUCUCCGCAAGAGCUCCGGCUUGAUCAUCAAUCUCGUGGGCCUCAUGAUCGAGGCCAACAUCCCCGAUAUUAAGCUUGAGCCUGAUAAAGCAGUCAUGAAGGUUCAAGAAAAAUUUAGAUUGGACUUGUCUGAAGAAGAAGCAAUCAAACAUUUCGAAGACGAGCUCAAUGAUACUUCUUAUUUCACCGUCGUCUUCGACAAAAUCCAUGCCGUAGCUCAAUACUGGAGAGCUUGA